GCAUUAUGAAUGUGCAUGGUUGUGUUGUUGUGCUGUAUUGUGAAGUGGAUCUGCUGCUGGAUGCGGAGCCUCGGUGAGGAGGAGAGCACCUCGGAUCAUCUGACGGCGCACGGCUCCUCCCAGCUCCCUCCGCUCCGCUCCACGCAAACCAGACAGCGGCUUGGCCACAACUCUCCAGCCGCGUCUCAGUGCACACGGGCUCGUCUGCGAGAGCCGGAGCCGGGAGUCGACUUAUCCAGAAGAACCCGAAGAGUCCGCUCACCUCCCGUGGUGUCCGCCUCCGCAUGAGUCAGUGAUGAGAGUGGCCGAGAGGAGCGACGGACGCGUCUCUUCAAUGUGGACCGGCGGUGCGCAGAGGUGCGCUCCAUGCUCCAGCAGCAUCAUCACCUCCAGCAGCAUCCUCCACCUCCUCUUCCUCCCUCUCCUCCUCCUCCUCCUCCGCUCCUGAGAUCAACCCAAACCCACGAGGCGCGCUGACAUCCUCCUGUGCUGAGCGAGAUGUGCUGUGGAAUGCCGAUGAUUCCUCAUCCUCCUCCAGUUCAAAUCCAAUGGCAGACGAAGACUGCGCUUCCCACCGCUCUUUUUACCACUGAGAUCACAAAGACAGAUCUUGUCCACACCUAAACCCACUUCCUAUAUUUCUUGCUUCUGUCUCUGCCAAUCUUCACUCUCAAGCCCAUCGCCAUGACUUGUUUCCUGAUAUCAGCCUUUCUUCUGGUUUUCCAGACAUAUGCUGCUCCACGUGAGCUCAUCCAGCCAGGAUAUAGCAUAACACUGGACCCCAUGGACCUUGCUUCUGGACUAUCAGCAAAUAUCACUGGAGAUGAGUCCUCAUCUCCACCUCCAGGAACAAGUAAAAGAGCCCCACAUAGUAUCAUUAUUGGGGUACGGAAAGGGGGCACAAGAGCACUGUUGGAGAUGCUCGAUAUACACCCUGAGGUUGCUGCUGCAGCCACUGAGGUGCACUUCUUUGACUGGGAUGAGAACUAUGCCAAGGGCUUUGAGUGGUACCGAGAGUUGAUGCCCUACUCUUACCCACACCAGAUCACAGUGGAGAAAACUCCUGGUUACUUCACAUCAGCCCUUGCACCGGAACGCAUCUGCGCCAUGAACUCCUCUAUAAAGCUGCUAUUGAUCUUGCGCGACCCGGCCGAGCGAGUCAUCUCUGACUACACACAGGUGUACUUCAACCGGCUGGAGAACCACAAGCCAGUGCAAGCCAUUGAGAACCUGCUAGUGCGUAAUGGAGCCCUAAAUAUCAGAUACAAGGCCAUUCAGAGGAGCCUUUAUGACGUCCAUAUGCGUAACUGGCUGCGUCACUUUCCCCUGGAACAAAUACACAUCGUAGAUGGGGACGCUCUGAUCCAUGACCCCCUGCCAGAGCUUCAGAAGGUGGAGCUCUUCCUUAAUUUGCCCCCAAGGAUAGUGUCCUCCAACUUCUACUUCAACCAGACCAAGGGGUUUUACUGUAUCCGAAGUGACGGUCGAGAGCGAUGUCUGCACGAGUCGAAGGGACGUCCUCACCCGGCUGUCAAUAGCACCAUCCUCCAGCAGCUCCGCUCCUACCUACAGGAACACAACCGAACCUUCUUCAGACUGGUGAAGCGCACCUUUGACUGGCAAUAAGAAACACAGAUCACAAAUUGGACUUAAUGAAGCCACUCCCCCCUGGGAUGAGGACAAAAAGGGGGCAUAAAGCACUUUACAGAACUGACAUUUAACAAGCCCUUGAAUAGCCUCUAUACAACUGUUGUGAUCCCUGGUUUUAUUUACACCAUAAGGCAAAAAAUGUGAAAACAGGGUAACGCUUUAGAUUACAGUCCAAAAUGUACAGUUACUCCAGAGGUAUGGUAUAGUCUUUAGUACUCACGGUGAAAGAGUACAGUACACACCAAUGCCUAUAUAUGUAGUGUUGGUACUUAAAAGAUUUGAAGCGAUGGAAUAAGGGGGUAACAACUUGCGAUCUACAAAGAACUUGUGGUACUUUGUAUCAGUGCGUACUGUACUAGUGGCCUACACUUUGGAGUAAUUAUGCUGUACAUUGUGGGGCAUAAUCUAAAGCGUAACCUAAUACUGUAACUCGAGGCGUAAAGUUAAAUGGAAGAAUCUCCAAGCUUAAUAAAUCAUUCUCUCUGUGCUGGAAGUGUUUAUGUGAUCAGCGAAAACAAGUUCACAAAACUGAUGGACUUUUUUUUUCCUCCUCUCUCUUGUUUGAUAUUCUUGUUCUUGAUAAUAAAUCGUUCUGCUUUCAAAUGUAACAGAAAA